UUCUUCUUUUUUUGUGUUUAAGCUACAGGUGGGGUUAGCCGGUUAGGGUUCUUGUUCUUCUUCUCCUCCAUUUAUUUUUACAUUAAAAAAAAAAAAAAAUCCGUAUUUAGUAGUGUGUGUGAGAGAGAAUCAGAGAAGAACCUUUCUUGAUUUCAGAAAUGGUAACCUAUUUUUGAUUUCUUCAGUUUUUGUAUACUUGAGAGUCAACUUACUUUCAUUUUGGGGCGCAAUGAUUUUCUUGGUUGUCUUAGAUCACAGAUAGAAAUCGAUAUUGGUGGAUUGGGGAUUCAUUCUAUGUUAUAAAUAAAUUGGUUUUUGUGUUUUGUUUGAAUUCUUGUAUCAACUAUCAAGAGGAGGUGUAAUUAGGGUUACCAGGGAUUUUGGAUUUGACUGCUCUGUUCGUGCUUGUUCCAGUUAGAAUUUUGGACAACUCCCUUUCUGAGAAGAUUGGUUUCAGGGUCUGUUGGUAUUGGAGCUUCAUGAAAAGACUGGUUUGGAUCUGUUUGAAGGGAAUGUGUAACUACUGAGGGAUCCUCUGCGUUGUUGUAGAGGAUCCCUGUUGGGAGUUGGACUAAGUAAAAAGGGAAAAAAAAACCCAUUUUUGGAUUGGAGGUGUUUGUUUGUGUCAUGGGCAUGGGAGGUGGUUGUGAUUUUUUCGCAGUUUAGUGAGGUGGAAAGUGGAAGGUUGCGUCAAUUCAGUUGUUGUGUCGUUCUUCUGCAUUGAAGGAACAGUAGCGUCGAACUUAUAUUUUACAAUCUCUCUCUGUUUUCAUUGAUCUUCUUCGAAAGAUUGAAGCCCGAUGUACGCUUCGGGUACAGAUUCCGUGCCAGAAACUAGUGGAGUCGCAGGUACAGUGGCAAUUCCUACCCGUUUUGUGUGGCCUUAUGGGGGAAGAAGGGUCCUCAUUAGCGGUUCUUUCACAAGAGAUGCAUAGCCAUAUUCAAUGGAGGUCUUUGGAUGCUCCAGUACAGAGGAGUGAUUUGGUUCAGAUUGAAGGAACUAAAAAGCUAGGGGCAGACCUGAAGUGGUGAGGUGGUCAGAACAUGUGCCAAUGUCUCCUAUGGAGGGUUGUCCCACCGUAUUUCAGGCCAUCUGCAGCUUGACGCCAGGGUAUCACCAGUACAAAUUUUAUGUUGACGGUGAAUGGCGGCAUGAUGAGAACCAACCUUUUGUGAUUGGGAACUAUGGCACUGUUAACACCGUUCUGUUAAGUGAACCUGAUCCAAAUCUGGCAAUCUUGUGUCUAGAGACACCUGGCUCCAGGUCCAACAUGGAUGUGGAUAAUGAAAAUUUUUACCGUGUUGUCACAUUAUCAGAUGGUAGUCUGCAGGAGCCAGUGCCAAGUUUCUCCGAAACUGAUCUGGAGGUCUCUCGCCAUCGUAUUUCUGCAUUCUUAUCCACGCAUGAAGCUUUUGAGUUGCUUCCUGAGUCAGGCAAGAUUAUUACUUUGGAUGUCGAUGUACCUGUGAAGCAAGCAUUCCACAUUCUCUAUGAGCAGGGUAUUCCCAUGGCUCCUCUAUGGGAUUUCUGCAAGGGGCAAGUUGUCAGCGUCCUUACUCCAUUGGACUUCAUCUUAAUCUUGAGAGAGCUUGGGAAACGUGGUUCAAAUCUUACCGAGGAAGAGCUUGAAACACACACCAUCUCUGCUUGGAAGGAGGUAAAACUACUUCUUAACCAGCAAGUUGAUGGGCAUGGCCGAGGUCCACGACAUCUAGCUUAUGCUGGACCAUUUGAUUCUCUCAAAGAUGUUGCAUUAAAAAUUUUGCAAAACAAGGUGUCCUCUAUUCCCAUAAUCCAACACGGUUCAUUUCCAGAGCUACUGCAUCUUGCUUCUCUGUCAGGAAUAUUAAAAUGCAUUUGCAGGCAAUUUAGGCAUUCUUCUAGCUCCUUGCCUAUCCUGCGACAACCAAUUUGUUCAAUUCCUUUGGGUACGUGGGUUCCAAGAAUCGGUGAAUCAAAUGGACGGCCAUUAGCAAUGCUGAGACCCAAUGCUUCUCUUAAUUCUGCCCUUUCACUAUUAGUUCAAGCUCAAGUUAGUUCAAUACCAAUAGUUGAUGAGAAUGACUCAUUACUGGACAUAUACUCUCGAAGUGACAUCACCGCUUUGGCAAAAGAUAGAGCUUAUGCACAGAUUCAUCUUGAUGAAAUGAGUAUACAUCAGGCAUUGCAACUAGGACAAGAUGCAAGCUCUCCUUACAGCUUCUUCAAUGGACAGAGAUGCCAGAUGUGUCUGCGAUCUGAUCCUUUGCAUAAAGUGAUGGAGAGGUUAGCAAAUCCAGGGGUGAGGCGACUUGUCAUUGUGGAGGCUGGCAGCAAACGUGUGGAAGGUAUUAUAUCAUUAAGCGAUGUGUUCAGGUUCUUGCUUGGUUAGCUGGAAGCAAAUCCGGAAUUUCUUAUGAAAGGAUUUGCAUGGUUGCUUUGGAGAACCCUCACUUUCUGGUGAAGCUUUCCACCUGCUCUGUCCCCUUCUGCCCUUGCCUCCCUGUUGUUCGUUAAGGUGAAUGACCUCCUUUAUCCUACGGGUCUUUGAUUGGAUAGGCCUCAUGUUUAUGAGUGUGGUCUGCUUAGGCUACAAAGCUAAAAGAGGUCUGUAAAGUGAGGAUUUGAUUUUUUUUAGCCCCAUAUUUUUCAUUAUCCAUUGCCUUACUAUAAUUAUUAUCUACUAAAUUGUGCUGCUGAUAUGAGCUCCCACAUUUGUCAAUAUCUGUAUUUUCUGCCCCCAAUCCCCCCCUCUCCACCCAAGAAAAAAAGGCGCCUUUCCGACCGAGUAGAAGUCGCUACUUGAAGACAUUGUUGAGGAGAGUUGCAUGGAGCUAUUUCAUUGUCAGUUUAGUGUAUAUUCAUUUGCUAUGGUAGCAGCUGUCAUAUUUGUAUUAUUAUUCCCUUGGGCGAAUUCAUAUGGAGAUUGUUUGCCCAUUUUAUUGUUUGGGCAGGUUGCAGUCAUGCUUUCACUGAA